AUGUCACAACAUAUAAACUACCCUUAUGCAAAAGCAAGCAGGGUAGAGAAAUUGGAAGGAUUGGUGAGUGUAACCAAAACCGCUAACAUUAGGUUUCAAACCACUUCCGCACACACACACACACACGCACACACAUACACACACACACACACACAUACACACACACAUACAUACAUACAUACACAUACACACAGAUACACACAACAUGCAGACAUACACAUACAUACAUACACAUACACACAUACUAUACACACGUAUAUACAUACAUACAUGCACCAAGUAGUACUCAAUGGCUGGAAGAGAGCCGGGACGAGUAAUGGACCGAAAGCGCCUCGUUUUUCCAAACUAACAUGGAUGGUUUGUCAUUUCAUGCCCAUCUAA